UCACCUAUGAUCAUAUGGACUGGUUAAAUAAGAGGCUGGUUUUUGAGAAGUUUACAAAGGAAUCUACAUCAUUAUUAGAUGAACUUGCUUUGAUUAACAAUGGAAGUGAUAAAGGAAAUCAGCAAGAGAAAGAAAGGUCUGUGGAUUUAAACUUUCUUCCAUCAGUUGAUCCUGAAACUGUUCUUCAGACAGGACAUGAAUUGUUAUCCGAAUUACAGCAGCGUCGAUUUAAUGGCUCAGACGGAGGGGUCUCGUGGUCUCCUAUGGAUGAUGAACUGCUUGCACAGCCACAGGUUAUGAAAUUAUUAGAUUCACUGCGAGAGCAAUAUACCCGCUACCAGGAAGUUUGUAGGCAACGUAGUAAGCGUACACAGUUAGAAGAGAUUCAACAGAAGGUGAUGCAGGAAUGGUUUGCAGUUUAUGUGGAACUUAAUCAGCAAAUUGCAGCACUCUUAAAUGCUGGGGAUGAGGAAGAUCUUGUGGAACUGAAGUCGCUGCAGCAACAACUUAGUGAUGUUUGUUAUCGACAGGCCAGUCAGCUGGAAUUUAGGCAGAAUCUCUUGCAAGCAGCUCUUGAAUUUCAUGGUGUUGCCCAAGAUUUGUCUCAGCAGUUGGAUGGCUUAUUAGGGAUGUUGUGCGUAGAUGUAGCACCAGUGGAUGGAGCAUCGAUUCAGCAAACUUUAAAACUGCUUGAAGAGAAGCUGAAAAGUGUUGAUGUAGGAUUGCAAGGUUUGCGUGAAAAAGGUCAAGGUCUUCUGGAUCAGAUCUCCAAUCAGGCAUCCUGGGCCUAUGGAAAGGAUGUAACCAUUGAAAAUAAAGAAAAUGUGGAGCACAUACAAGGAGUGUUGGAAGAUAUGCAGCUUAGGAAACAAAGAUGUGAAGACAUGGUAGAUGUGCGAAGAUUAAAGAUGCUUCAGAUGGUGCAGUUGUUUAAAUGUGAAGAAGAUGCUGCCCAGGCAGUAGGAUGGCUAAGUGAACUUCUGGAUGCUCUUCUUAAGACCCACAUCAGAUUGGGUGAUGAUGCUCAGGAAACGAAAGUUCUACUGGAGAAGCAUAGAAAAUUUGUUGAUGUUGCACAGAGCACUUAUGACUAUGGAAGACAGUUGCUACAGGCCACAGUUGUGCUGUGCCAGUCUUUGCGCUGCACCUCUCGAUCAUCUGGGGAUACACUUCCUCGACUGAACAGAGUAUGGAAACAAUUUACAAUAGCAUCUGAAGAGAGGGUACAUAGGCUGGAAAUGGCUAUUGCAUUUCACUCAAAUGCUGAAAAGAUUUUGCAAGACUGUCCAGAAAAGCCUGAAGCUAUUAAUGAUGAGGAGCAAUUUGAUGAAAUUGAAGCAGUUGGGAAAUCCCUUUUAGAUAGACUAACUGUUCCUGUGGUUUAUCCUGAUGGAACUGAACAAUAUUUUGGGAGUCCAGGUGACAUGGCUUCUACUGCAGAACACAUCAGAGACAGGAUGAAACUAGUUAGUCUCAAAAGGCAGCAGCUGAGACAUCCCGAAAUGAUGACUACAGAGAGCUAAUAGCUGCCUUCUUCCCGCAGAUCUGCAGUUCAUAAUCCCGCAUGUCGUUGGCACACUGCAGCAUUAGCUACAAUAUGUUAAGAUGCAUUUCACAGCCAGGAUAAGCCUCAUUUCUUUCCAUUACACACUUCUCUCCACAUGUUAACAUCUUGUAACUACCAAGCAGAAUUAUUUAACAUGCUUUGAGACCAUAGACUCCAAGUAUCUUAAAAGAAGGAACUGUAAACAUUGCACUGAAAACUUGCUUUAAAGCUUUACCUGACCUGUCAGUUUGUAGAUGAAUAACUGAUAAUAAGCUUUGAAUGGUGCUAAUAAGAGUUUAGAACUUCUCUCUAUAAAAAAUGGUUGCCCUUCCUCCCCAAGUGAUGUAGUAAAUUUAGACUAUAGUUAAACUGUUAUUAGUAGACAGUGGU